UUUUAAUAACCUUCGCUGAUGAACGAAAACGUAAUUUUUUCUUUCUUCGCCCUUCUGAAGUAUGUGAGCACAUAAUUUGAAUUUCUAAAACGUUAGAUUCCAAAGAAAGUAUUCACAAUAUUUCCAGUCGACGUCAUCUUCGUUGCCUUAGACUUGAAGCAUUUCAGUCUCAGUCACGAAGUAAGCUAAGUUUACAAGAGAAGGAAGCCAGUUUAUGUUUUAGAAAAGGAAAGAUCAAAAUCUUUUUGUCAUCUAUUCCUCAACAAGACAACCGGUUUCUGUCUUCGGGUGACUGUGGCCCACAUUGCUAAGGAUGACAAAUAUGAUUUUAUGGUAUGGCUGUGUUUUAUUGGGGAAGAAUAUUUCCACUGGAUGAACUGGGAUGAAAUUUUGUUAUUGCAAUCGCAAUUAUCGAUUUCAAUCAAGGUACCAUGCACCAAAAAAAAAUUGUAACAGGGACUGCGUGGCAGGAGAGGGGAAAAAAUAUUUUCUAGCUGAACUUACAAACAUGAAAAAAGUUUGUGCUACGAGUUUAAGACUAGAAGGUGGAAAAGAAUUUAACCAUCAUUUCAGCCCUCUUUCCCAAGAAAACGAUUGAUAGAGCCUUACCAAGGUUCUACCACUGGGUUGUAGUCAUUUGUACUCUCGAAAUGACUGUACAACAUUUUGAAGAGCUACUUCCCCGGAAAUGACGUUUGCUUUGCAAUAAAAAAUAUGGCGGUCGAUCUGAAAUAUUUGGAUAUAGACACCGAAUCACUGUCCUUUAUGAAUGAAGACGACCAAGAUCCGCUGUGCUGUUGUGAAUAUUACAACAUUAAAAGACAACGAUCCCAUAUUCUCUCUUUUUUUUGCGAGUGCGAGGAUCUAGAUGAAACAGUUGAUAAUUGGAUAAAAGGAAAUCCUCAGAAAAUAAACAAAAUUGUGGACAUCAUUGACACAUUUGCAGAUCGUUGUCGGGUACCUUGGUUAGGCGGUGCCAAAGCAUUCGAUUUUGGAUGUGUGUUUCCGCCAAUCUUGUUGACUAAUUCUGCUAUUAUAGCUUCUUGGCAUUAUGUUCUUACUGCCAUGAUUUUUCUUGCACUGCCACCAAUCAUCAUAUUUUGCUAUAUGUCAUCAGUGAAACUAAAAAUAAAAACACGAUUAUUCCUGUCUUUAAAUAUCACCUCAACUAUUGGUUGCUAUGCUAUUUACUUCUAUUAUGUAUCUUUAUCUCAAAAUUUUUUGAUAAAUUUAGCAGUUGCCUUUGGUGCUAUAGUUACUGUGAUUCUCUUUAAACAAUGCUUAAGUAAGGAUAAAAAAUAUCAUGUCUUUCAUUACGAGGACAAGGAAAGCGUACCUUACCGUGGAAAAUAUUGUAGAAUAUGCAAGCUGUAUGUGGCAAAAUAUGAUCAUCAUUGUGUUUGGAUGAACACCUGUAUUGGUCAACAUAACCAUAAAACAUUUUUGUCAUUGCUGUGUGUGUAUCUUGUAAGCAUCGUAUUUGGUUGUUUUGUGCAAUUGUCCUUUGUUUGCCAAUGGCCAACUCUACUGACUUUGGACUGCUCAGAUGUUUAUAACUCAGACAGAUUGGGCUUGGUUUUUGUAUGUUGCUGUUAUGCUUUGGUUAUUGGUGUUUUUUUGGUUAUACUACUCAUGCAACAGGUUGUUUUGAUUAGUUUCAAUGUUACUACAUUUGAAUGGCGUCUUAUGAAUCAUGAAGAAUCAGUUUUUACAAGUUUAAUGUCAUCACCUUACCAUAAAGGCAUUUUUCAAAAUUGGAUAGCUUUCAUUAAAAUGAAUGCUGAGGAUCAAUGAGACACUCGUGUUCAUGACCCCAAAUUACAAGAUCAAGAAAUUCAUCUAAGAAAUUUUCAGGAAUGUGGUUUUUCGGUCCAUGUUGUGCUCUGAAAGUGACAGGAACAGGUUUGAAGAAUUUCAUUCUUAAGGUGUUGCUAAAACUUUAAAUGCACCAUGUAAAUUAAUCUUUGGCACUACGGACAUUUGUAACGAUAAGAUUUGAAAAACGAAUUCAUGUGUAAUUCAAUAGAUUGCGUACAAAUACAUCCCCUCUAUAGAUAGUGUAA